GCAAAUUCGUUGGUGCACUGGUUAUGUGUUAUUGGUUUUGUGAUUUAAGCUUUAAGUGCAAGUUAUUGAUAAAAACGAUUGUCAUCCUUACCAGCAGACCUUAUAGGUUUAUUGCGUGUUCGUUUGACUAUUUUUAGUUGCAAAAUGUCUAUUCUAUUGGCGGAUAUUGAUGCAACUUGUUCAUCACUCGGCUGGGAUGAUGGCUGUAAAUAUCAUAUGGAGCCGGAUGCAAUUCAAGGCUUAAAACAUCUGAUUUGGAUUCUCAAACGCGAUGGAGAGGAUCACGAAUACCGCAGGUACGUUGGUCAGAAGAAGAUAAUGCAGACGGAUCUGAUUCCGAUGCUCAUGAGCAACUUCGACAGCGCUGAGGUGGCCGAUGUACUGUUGAGAUUGAUAGUGAAUUUGACCUAUCCGCCGUUGUUGUUGUAUAGCGGUAACUAUCCGAAAGAUGCCGUCGGAAGGCGUAACUUUUUGCACUUGGUAGAAAUCUGCCAAUGUUACAAAGAGGCGUUUGCUGUUCAGCAGGCUUGGGCAGCACUCGGUGAUCGACUGCAGAAGGUGUUACAAGUGGAUUGGGCAGAACGAGUUGAAGAUCAAGAGUUGAUAAUAGAACGUAUCCUUACGCUCACAAGGAAUGUACUUCAAGUUCCAUCUAACAUCGAUUUGGAGAAACGUUUUGAUAAUGAUGCUAGUUUGCAUGAUCAGGUUUUAUGGGCAUUGCAUCAGACUGGAGUGCUCGAUUUGAUCUUGUAUAUUCUUGGUUCGGAGCAUGAACAUCAAUACCAUCUACACGCAUUGGAGAUCAUAUGCCUAAUCUAUAGGGAGCAAUCUGCUUCUAGUUUGGCUGAUGCAUCGUUGCAGCGUAGUGCAACUGAAAAACAUCGCGACGAGUUAGAACUGCUCAGCGCUAGAAAGCGAGAAAAAGCCAAACAUCAGAUUCGGAUUCCAACUGUUCGACAUUCGCGAUUUGGUGGUACUUAUGUGGUUGAAAAUAUGAAAUCAAUUUCGGACAAUGAUUUGAUUUGUCAUCAAUCGCUGCAAAAGGCAUUGAAGAUGGAGUUUGAUGCAGAUAAAAAACCAGUGAAAAAAUCGUUUCGACAUGUGCAGGAAACAGGUUCGGUUGAACGAAAGAGUGCUUUUUCAGUGCGAUUGUUUUUACGCGAAUAUUGUAUAGAAAUUUUGCGAUCUUCCUACAAUAAUCUGGUCAGACAAGUGCGGAGAGUACUGGAGCGUACUGCUGGCCAGGAAGCAGGAGGCGGCCACGAUGAUUCAUAUCUGUUGUGGGCGAUUCGCUUCUUUAUGGAAUUCAACAGGGCAAACGGUUUCAAACUUGAGUUAGUAGGCGAAUCCCUGAGCGUACAGUGUUUUCACUGGAUUAUAACCCGCAUCGAGCACUACGUCGAUAUGAUGGGGUCGGACAAAACCCGUGCUCGUCUCUGGGCCCGCCGCCUACACGUUGCUGUGCAGGCUUAUCGUGAGAUGCUGCAAAGUUUGCAAUCAUUGCAAAAGCUGCAAGAUGAGAAAGCUAAGGAUUUGUUCCUGAUGCUUCAGAACAACGUUUUCUACGUGCUCGAGUAUCGUGAAGUGAUCUUGCAUCUGCUGAUAAGCUACAAUGAAACUAACAGUACUCGAGCUUACCUACGUGAUGUAAUCGAGACUGCACACAUGUUCUUCAAAAUGUUGGAAAAGUAUUGUCAGGGGACUGUGCGUGUCCAGAGUAAGAAACGCGCCAAGCCAAAGCGAAACAAGGCCCCCGGGAAGGCGAAGGAACCGGAGCUCACUAUGGAAGAUUUAGACGAACUGUGGCUGACAAUGGCUGGCGAAGUUUCGACAUGUCUGGCUAAUCAGAUUACGCUACCCGAGGAGGAUCAUCCGAUUCCGUUCGACGCUGCUUUGGACACUCCCAUCGACGAUCAAAAAGGAGACUGCAUGAUAAGGAUCCAUUCGCUGCUACGUGACGGAAAAUACGAACAUGCAAUUAUUUUAAUGCGAUCUGGAAGGGAAAUAUGGCCUGAGGAUGACUGCUUUGGAUCGGCCCUAUCCGCACCGGAGGAUGAGUUAAUGCAACUAAAGGAGAUAUUCUUAGCCAAUCUUCCACGGGUGGCAGAAAAGGAGAGACAUCCAGAAUUUGAUUUCGUCGAAGGAAAUGGCCCCAACGAUUACGACGAGGACGAUGAAGAUGAAGAAGAUGAAACGCGGAUGACUGAAACCGACUUCCAGUUUGACGAUUUUGCAAAAAGAUUGCUCAACCCAAAAGUGGUUCGGGCUUGUACACUGGCACUAAAGGACUGGGAGGAAAUUCCAACCUCAUCGCUAAAAGCUGCCGUCACUAUUCUUCACCGAAUCGCCGUGGGAUGCAAAAUGCCAGCAAUGUUAUUUCAAGCGUCGCUGUUUCGCAUUUUCCAGCGUGUGUUUCACGCCCCCAAGGAUGUUCAUCAGGUCGAGCUGCGGCGGCUAGGCGUUUUCAUCGUUCGACAGUUUACCGCCCUGGCACCCAAUAAUCCGAAAAUCUACGCUGAGUUACUGUUCUACAAAUCGAUUAGGGAAGCGAACGCUAUCGAAAUGGGAUACGAGGAUAUCUACGGGAACAGCGUGGGCACUGGUGGUGGAAUCAAAGGCGCCUGGAACGAAGCACAGGAAGAUGAGCUCCGGCGGCUGUACAUGGAGAAUCAGGAAAAUCCGGCUACCGAUCAAGACGUAAUCGACUGGAUACAAGAUAAUUUAAUCGACAAAAGCCGAACGCGCCGUGCAAUCAUUAAGAAGCUGAAGGAACUAGGACUGAUAUUCAAAGCACCUACAAAAAGGAGUAAUGCAGCCGCUGUCAACAAACAUCUCUGGAACCAGGAACAGGAUGAUAAGUUGAGACAGUUGUACGAGGAACAUAGGCAAAAUGAGCAUGUGCUCUCUAUCAUUACCGAGGAGUUUGAAGGAGUGCGGUCAAAACAAGCUAUCGUCAAACGAAUGAUAACCAUUGGAUUGAUUGCGGAUAAAUCUGAGGUGAAGCCUCCGAAAAAAUCUAGAUCGAAGAAGGCUAACCAUGAGGGAUCCAGUAAUGAUGAAUCGGCAAUGGAAUCAGAAAGUGAUCGUGAUGAAGACAUACCAACGAAGCCUUCUAAGACUGGCAAGGCUUUGCAGUCGAACCACAAGGCGAUGGGAAAACAAAAACGUUUACCAGAGAAGGUUUCAUUAUGCACUAAGCGUAUACGUUCAAUAUUGGCAGAAGUUGAGGAAUCUAUGAAGGAGGCUAUUGAGUGGUUAGCCGAAUCUUUUUCCGAAGCUUGUGACGACUACGAGGAAUCCUCCGAAGAUCCCGAUGACGGAGUCCCGCUUGUUCCUAUUAUGCAAUCGCAGAGAGAAGCACUGGAAAAUACUCAAUUCAAGGAUUUGUUGAUGCAACUGGGUGUAACAGCACCAACCGAUAAUGAAGCAUACUGGCGUAUCCCCGUUACCAUGAAUCUCGCCGACCUUCAAUUGCGCGUAAAACUACUCAACGGAGAAUAUCAACAGCAGGAGGAAGACGAUAUUGUGGAAGAACCGUUAGCCAUUGAAAACGACGGUUUUCUAGUUGACGGUGGUGAGGAAGAGGAAUCCGAACUGACGGAAAAUAUCUUUAGCGCGUGGCGAAACAAGACCAACGUGCUGUACAGUAAAAGCGAUGACGAGAAUGAGGUACGUGAGCCACUGAAGCAAAAAUCCAGUAAAAAGCCCGACCAAAAACCAAAGGAACGGAAGAAGAAUAACAACAAAGAUAAGAAAAAGACUGCCAAUAACAAAUUCAAGCUGAAUGACUUAGCGAUAGAAAGUGGUGACGAGAGUGACGGUGGAAUCGUUGCUGAAUUGAACGAUGAAGAGAGAGAAAAUCUGGAAGAUUUUCCCAGUCACCGCUCGCUGCUGGUUUCUGACGAGGAAAAUGAUGAUGACGCUGCUGUCUUCAGUGAUGCUGCUGUUGGAGCGUUUGUCACAAAUGAUAAAAAGGCAAAAUCGAACACUAAGAUGCGAAGAAUCCAAAAAUAUUCUGAUUCCGAGCCGGAAUCAGAUAGUGAACAGGUACGAUUGGUUGUCUCCGAUGAUGAUGAGGAGGAGGAACGUAUUUACGAUGGAGGCACUGGAGUAGCAACAGUAGCCACCAAACGUGGCCGAUCUGAAAGUUCCGAAAAAUCUGACGAAAAUAACGAGGUACAGAAGAAAGCUAAACACCGUCGCCGUGCUGUGAUUAGUGAUGACGAGGACGAUUGAGCAAGUUAGCGAUAGUACCGUACAGGUGCUCAUUUUUUAUUUUUUUGAAUUUUUAUUACCAUGUUAAGUUUUAAAUAAAUGUGAUCAACAUAUGGUA